UUUUUCAAAAAAAUGGCACAACCACAACAACAACAAUUAAUUUUAACUAAAAAUUUCGCGACAAAAUCCGUCGCUGGGCCAAGUAAUGUGACUAGUAGCGGUAUUCAUGUUAAUCUAACUACAACAAAUAAACAAUUUUCUCGACAAGUUGCAAAAAAGCGUGUGUUUCCUGCAAAAAAUUUAGAAGUUCUUAGAAGUCAGCAAAAUAAAAUUAAAGCGCCUGGGGAGGGAGGGUCAUUAACGUUGAAGGAAAUCAGAAAAUAUCAAAAGUCCGUUAAUCUUUUAAUUCCGCGUGCGGCAUUUAUUCGUCUUGUCCGUGAUGUUUCAAAUAGAAUAACUGAAGGGAGAGUUUUAAAGUGGAAAGGCUUAGCCUUAAUAGCCAUUCAAGAGGCUGCUGAACAUUACCUGGUUGAUAUGUUUGAGGGUGCUAAUUUAUGCGCGUUGCAUACUGGAAGGGUUACAUUGAUGCAGAAGGAUGUUAAGCUUUUGAGACAAUUGCGAGGCGAGGCUGACAAAAAAGCAUCCACAAUUUGUGAACGAAUUCAAAAUGAACAAAAUCGGGAGAAUUCUGAAUGA